CGCCCGGUGGCGGAGGCUGCCAGCCAGCCAGCCAGCUUGAGACAGUGGAUGGAGGAACGGAGAUCUUUCCAGGACUUGGAGGCUUGUGAAAAUCUGAUGUAAAUACUCUGUUAAAGAAGUGAAAUACGGCAUUAAAAUGGCAGGCUUCCUAGACAAUUUCCGAUGGCCUGAAUGUGAGUGUAUUGAUUGGAGUGAAAGAAGAAAUACAGUUGCUUCUGUGGUAGCAGGCAUUCUGUUUUUUACAGGUUGGUGGAUAAUGAUAGAUGCAGCUGUAGUUUAUCAUAAGCCGGAAGAGAUGAACCAUGCAUUUCAUACUUGUGGGGUGUUUUCCACAUUAGCCUUUUUCAUGAUAAAUGCUGUAUCAAAUGCUCAGGUGAGAGGCGACAGUUACAGUGAUGGAUGCUUAGGAAGAACAGGUGCUCGUGUUUGGCUCUUCAUCGGCUUUAUGUUGAUGUUUGGCUCACUUAUUGCUUCCAUGUGGAUCCUUUUUGGAGCAUAUGUUACUCAAAAUAUUAAUGUCUAUCCAGGAUUAGCAGUGUUUUUCCAAAAUGCAUUGAUAUUUUUUAGUACUUUAAUCUACAAAUUUGGAAGAACAGAAGAAUUGUGGGGCUAAUACAUUAUUCUCCCUGCUACUUUAUGAGUCCUAGGCCUGUUCACCUAUACCCCUCCUCUACACAUGACAGUACUAUGAACAGGCUUCAAGCUCAGUGGCAACAUCCCAAGGAGGAAAGAGGGCAUUCAGAUAAUCAUAAAGUCUCUUCAAUAUUGCACCUGUUUAUGAAAUAUGCAAAGGAGAUCUCCUUGUACAAAUCACAGGAUCUCCUCUGGAUGUAUCUUUUUAUAUGUUGUAAGGAAGUGUAUAUGUGGAUAAAUUUUAGGAUACACUAGGUUUUAAACAAAAAAGGAGUAGGGAGAAACUAUUUUUUUAAAUCUCUUGCUGCAUGAUUAUCAUUUUCAAGAAUUUUAUUCAUACCAGUUAGUGAUGCAAAUAUAUGUGUACGCUGUUAUAAACCAGGGGUAGCUGUAUUUUGUGCCCACCCAAACUUGAAUAACUUGGUUUGAUCUGCAUAACUUAAUGACACAUGGUUCUCUAUUUGAAACACUUUGGCAAGAAAAGAGUACAGGGGAAUGAUGAAGACUCCAGUGAGCCUGCCCAUUCUUUGGAGAUCUAACCAAGGACUUGUUCUGAGCCUUCUGUCUCCUACAUAUCCUCUCUACAGGCAUGCCCAAUUGAGAAACCAUUGUGGUGGUGAUUUUUAAAACCAGUUUUGGCUGCAGAGCCUUUAGUGGAUACACUAUGAAGCAAAUACUUAAGCUGAGAGUUGUCCUGUUACCUCAUUCUUGUUUUGUACCUGUUUUCUCCAUCAAACUAUCACUUUAAUCUCUGAUACAAUACUUAAUACAAUAAUUUAGUCUAACUUGGUUGUUCACAGUAAAGUAAUUAAAAUCUAAUAAAGACUGGUAAUGUAUUGUUUUAAAAAAUAAAUAUUGGUCAAUUUUAGGUUGAUGUGAUUUGUUUAUGUGUAUGUAAUACGGGAAUUACAAUCAUUUUACAAAAACCCAGAGUGACACUUGUUACUUUAGCAGCAUUCUGUGAAAUGGUGAUGCAUAACAAAAGAAUUAUGGCAACAUUAUUUCAAGACAACAGUGAAUGGCCUUAACAAAUUUGUGUGCAUACAUUUGAUUAUCUGACUUCUGUAAUAUCAAUAUAUACCCCAGCAGUCAUUCACAGAUGUUGCAUUACCAGUUCACGCGUUA